AUGCAUUUCGUUCACGACCUCACCGAGUCUCUAACGCCCGGUUCUGCUGUAAUCAGCAUUGGCGACAAAAGAUAUGAAGAGAGCAUCAAACGAUGGGCAGUGACCGCUGAAAAGCGAGCUUUUUUCCUUCAACAUCAUCAGAAGUAUCGAAGACAAUUCUUUGUGCCACCAAGUUUGGGUUUGAGGCAUGGACUGGCUACUGUAGGUGGAACUGUCAAUCUGACGGGAAUGGGGGGCUUGACUUUAGGAGGGGGGUAUGGGUACUUGAGCGGCGCAUAUGGAACGGUGGUCGACAACCUCCUUUCCGUUCAAAUGGUUCUUGCCAGUGGGGAGAUUAUUACGGUGUCUGAAAGACAGUACCCUGAGCUGUUCUGGGCUGUCCGUAGGGCCGGAGCAGCAUCCGGGGUAGUAACAGAGUUUGUUUUCCGCGCACACAAGCAAGAAAAUUUAGUAUGGGCUAGCAUGCUCGCGUUCCCUCCCGAUAAAUUAAGCUCAAUUCUCGAAUGCGCAAAUCAUGUCAUCGAUGUAUCCAAAGGAGAAGCCACAACAAUGGUAGGAUUUGCUACGCCCCAGCUAGAUCUCCCAUCAUGCAUCAUGACAGUUGUUUUCUACAAUGGCCCAGAACAAUCUGCAAAGGCAUUAUUUGAACCAAUUCUCAAACUCGAUCCCUUACUAAACACUACCGCUAUGAUUCCCUACCCUGAGGUCAACACCUUCCACAAUACAAAUGUUCCCGACGGAGCAAGAAGAACGAUGAAAGACUCUACAUUCACCACACCCGUGGACAUUCCAUUCGUGGAAAGCAUGUUCAACGAUUACGUAUCUUUCAUUCAAAGCACACCGGAUGCACAAAAAACUCUGAUUCUCUAUGAAUUCAUCAGUCCUCAUAAAAUCAUGUCCGUACCACAAAAUGCCACUUCAUUCGCGAAUCACGGACCCUAUGGGAAUGUAGUUUUCGUAACUGCAUGGACAGAUCCAGAACACGAUACAGUAUGUAGAGAGUGGACGAGAAAUAUGGCACGGAAAGCCAGAAAUCAACUAUUGAAAACUCGUGGUGCUGGGGAAGGAGUCGGCGAGUAUGCUAAUUAUGAAGGUCGAUUUCCCUCCCCGUAUGAAUGA